CACUCUGCGCUCAGUUUUUUCCUCUUCUUCCUCUUCCUCUCUUUCUGACUCUUCUUCUGCCUGCUUUGCGCAUCUCUCUGCUCAGUUACUACUCAAUCUUCCUUAUAAUCCACCUGCUAUUCUUCUGAAAAAUGGCUAUCACCAAGGUCUUUGCUCGCUCGGUCUACGACUCGCGUGGAAACCCCACCGUCGAGGUCGAUCUCACCACCUCCUCCGGUCUCUUCCGCGCCAUUGUCCCCUCUGGUGCCUCGACCGGUAUCCACGAGGCUCUCGAGCUCCGUGACAAGGAGAAGGCCUGGGGCGGCAAGGGUGUCCUCAAGGCUGUCGCCAACGUCAACGACAUCAUCGCUCCUGCCUUGGUCAAGGCCAACGUCGACGUCAAGGACCAGCAGGCGGUCGACGACUUCCUGCUCUCCCUCGACGGCACCGAGAACAAGUCCAAGUUGGGCGCCAACGCCAUCCUCGGAGUGUCUCUUGCGGCCGCAAAGGCUGCUGCCGGCGAGAAGGGCGUUCCCCUCUACUCUCACAUCGCGGACUUGGCUGGCUCCAAGAACCCCGUUGUUCUUCCCGUUCCCUUCCUCAACGUCCUCAACGGUGGCUCCCACGCUGGUGGCCGUCUGGCCUUCCAGGAGUUCAUGAUCGCCCCCACCGGCGCGUCGACCUUCACCGAGGCCAUGCAGAUGGGCUCUGAGGUCUACCACAUCCUCAAGAAGCUCACCAUGAAGCGCUACGGCCAGUCUGCCGGCAACGUCGGUGACGAGGGUGGUGUCGCUCCCGAUAUCCAGACCCCCAAGGAGGCUCUUGACCUCAUCUCGGACUCGAUCGCCCAGGCUGGCUACACCGGCAAGAUCGACAUCGCUCUCGAUGUUGCCUCGUCCGAGUUCUUCAAGGACGGCAAGUACGACAUGGACUUCAAGAACCCCGAGUCUGACCCCUCCAAGUGGCUCUCCGGUGAGGAGCUCGCUGCUCUCUACGCCUCGCUCUGCAAGGAGUACCCCAUCGUCUCGAUCGAGGACCCCUUCGCCGAGGACGACUGGGAUGCGUGGGUUCACUUCUACAAGACCACCGACAUCCAGAUCGUUGGUGACGAUUUGACCGUCACCAACCCCGUCCGUAUCAAGACCGCUAUCGAGAAGAAGGCCGCCAACGCCCUCCUCCUCAAGGUCAACCAGAUCGGAACCCUGUCGGAGUCGAUCAAGGCUGCCCAGGACUCGUUCGCCGCCGGCUGGGGUGUCAUGGUUUCCCACCGUUCGGGUGAGACCGAGGACACCACCAUCGCUGACAUCGUCGUCGGUCUGCAGACCGGUGAGAUCAAGACCGGUGCUCCCGCCCGUGGUGAGCGUCUUGCCAAGCUCAACCAGCUCCUCCGUAUUGAGGAGGAGCUCGGAGACAAGGCUAUCUACGCCGGCAAGAAGUUCCGCACUGCCGUCUCUCUCUAAGUUAGUCGUAGAAUCUAGGUCGUGUCUGUGACUUGAUUAGUUCGAGUUGCAGCUUCAUGACUACUUUUUGGUUCACUCGCUUGAUACUAUCAGUGGGUUUGACUUACUCUUUACUUUCUGCCUUGAUAUGAAAAAUGAAUUAGUUUCGUCUAUAGUAGAUUCAGGUGCUGGUUCACUAAUGUACUGUAGGUUGAGACUAGUUUAACUAAAUAUAUAUAAUUUCUUAAUUUCCAA